CAUCUAUGGUGUUCCACUAUAAUUAGUUGCCACUAGCUUUCUAUUUAUAUUAUUGGACUGACUGCUAUAAUUUCAUAAACAAAAUGGAGACACCCAGAGGAGGCAGAAACACCGGCAACGGCAAGAAGAUGGAGAACAAUGAGAGUAAUGGAAGGUCAGAGGUUCGUUACAGGGGAAUUCGCCGCAGACCAUGGGGUAAAUUUGCAGCUGAAAUACGUGACCCAACAAGGAAUGGUGCGCGCCUGUGGCUUGGCACUUUUAACACUGCUGAAGAGGCCGCUCGAGCUUACGAUAGAGCUGCUUUUGCUUUCCGAGGUCAUUUAGCCAUUCUUAACUUCCCAAAUGACUAUCAGUAUCAUGCUCAAUCUGGCUCUUUCUCUUCUUCUUCUUCUUCAUCAUCACCUGGAGCUAAUUAUAGCAAUGCAUCGGCUUCUGCCUCUGGCUCUGGCAGAGGAGCUUCUUCCAGAGCUGGGAAAGAAACUGAAAAUGAAGUUAUAGAGUUUGAGUAUCUCGACAAUGAGCUGUUAGAGGAGCUUCUUGAUACAAAGGAGGAUUAUUGGCCGAGUCAAAAUAAAUAAGCAGAUUCAAUUGCGGUGGCUUAUUGUAGUUCCUUUUCUGGGUUACUGAAAUUUGUAUUCUUUGAUAAAAUUUAUUGAAACGAGAUUUACAAUGUAUUCAUUUCUGGGUUUUUAAUUAAGCAGUUGUCCUUUUUUCAAAAAGCAAACCCAAUACUGACGUGGCU